AUGUCGGUAUCCCCGAGGACUUUGAGAUCCCCCAAGGUUGUAGACGUAUACACCAAGGUCGGCCUGAUUCUCUCGCGCCACCGGUCCGGACCGAUCCCGAAGCCCAUGAAGAUCCUACCCACCGUGCCGCAUUGGGAGGAGAUUCUGCACAUCACGAAGCCCGAGGAGUGGAGCGCCAACGCUUGCGAUGCCGUGACUCGCGUGUUCGUUGCGAGCAAGGCCAUUGUCGUUCAACGGUUCCUCGAGAUGGUGCUACUGGAGAAGGUCAAGGAGGACAUUUACGAGAACAAGAAACUCAACCCUCAUCUGCAUCAUAUCCCCGUGCUGCACUCUGCUGCGGCGAUCAAGGGUCUUUGCGAUAUCGCAGCCCAGGAGGCGUCCCAGGGAACCGAGGAGGCGGCGCCACCAACAUUCUCGUCCACACCCUCCUCCGAAAGGGCUAUGCCCUUCCUUAUCAAGUUAUCGAUGCCCUUGUCUUCCACUUUCUCCGAUUCCGCAGCGUAG